CACGUGAUUCAAGAUCACCUGACUCUUAUCCAGGAAGCCAUUCAAGAGCGUUUAUCCCUUAGCUGAUUUAUGCACUCUUCUUGAAGUUUAUUUGUAAAUAAACAUUUGGUGUACUUGUUUCAAUGGAGGCGACACUGGAGCAACACCUCGACGAUACAAUGAAAAACCCUGCGAUUGUUGGAGUUUUGUGUACAGACGCCCAAGGUCACAAUCUUGGAUGCCGUGGUUCCCUUUCUGAUGAGCAUGGUGGAGUUGUGUCUGUUCUGGCCAAACAGGCUGCCUCUCUAACCAAAGAUCCAACAGACACCCCUACUGUGUGUCUUGAAUCUGAUUCAGGGAAUGUGCUGGUGAGGACACACGGGACAAUUACAGUAGCUGUGCACAAGAUUGUGACAUAGAGUCACUGGGUGCAUGCUCCAUCAUCACACACACAAAGUUUCGUUUAAUGUACAGAAACCUGGCUGAAAUACAUUGAUACUUAUUUGUUUUGGAUUACAAAAGGACUCCUGUUCAUCUGAUAACUGUUAUGCGUUGCCUUUUGCUUAUAAUGGCUCAUAUUCAUAGCCUCUAUUCACUGAUCGAGUUUUUUUCUUGUUGUUUUACAACUUUAUACAAAUCAGUGCUUCCUGGUGUAACUCUACAUUACAGAUUUUGCCAAUAAAUUUUGCUGUGAAUAAAUUAUUUAAUACUCA